CUUAUAAACUUUUACAGGCAUUUUCUUUUAAAGAUAUUAAUUUAUUCAUAGAAAUUGAAAAACAAAAACAUUUCGAUUUAUAUUCUAAAUUUAUUUAGAAAUUAAAUAAACAUUAAAUUACUUUAGAACAUAAAGUUAAACAGUUUGUUUUUAUUAAUAAAUAAGUAUUUAUCGAUUAAAUUUCGGUUGCAUGGAAACUAACGAUUUCGUUUUUUCGUUAUAACGGAGAAUCACAUUAGACACGAAUUAACGAGGUAUAAAUACACUUGGCACUUAAAAAAUACAUUAAUACUAAACAAGGUAACGAAUAUUUUUUUUUUUUGAAAUAAUAAACAAAUAUUUGAUCGUCGCAGAUUGUUAAUUUAAAAUGCCAGCACCGGGAAAGACGAAAAAAAAGGCAAAUGGAAAAACGAAUGGCAAAAAUGGAAAAACAGGAAAUGGUGGGAAGAACAAACCCUCGAAGAAAACAUCUCGAGGUGGUAAACGAAGUGGAGGAAAAGCAAGAUUUACAAUGGAUAUUUUUAAUGAGGAAGUGAUGGAAAACGCAUAUUACACUUGUCACAAUAUUAUGGACGUUUUACGUUGUCGCGGAUUUCCCUGGCCAGAUGCGCAAAAGAAAAAGAAAAAAGGAAAGAAACGAUAAAAAAUUUUUGAACAUAUUGUGGUAAUAUAAACGAAAAUACAAAUAUUUAUCGAAA